AUGUCCGGCGCUGUCGUAAUUCUUUCGUCCUCUCCUCCACGAACAUUCGCCCGUUCUCCCACCCCUGCUGACACUAUACCUCCAUUUUGGUCGUCACGAACCUUGUCGACAACUACAGCCACCAUCUCGGGACAACUCAAAGACUCCAGACAGGUUAGAGAUGGAUUUUCAGGUGGCUUUGGCAGCGCACGUGCCUUGCUCACCACAAAGGUUGGCGCAGAGAAUAUCCCUCUGCUGUCUCCAAGAAAAGAUGGAUUUAAGACGCAAGUCUUAAAGGGAUCUGAAGGACAUGACGGAAACCCACUGAGGAAACUGAUGCUCAGAGAAAAGGAAGUGAAAGCAACGGAGGAGCGAUCUAAACACGGCGAAUUGCUUCUCCCAAGCGCAAAUUUACGGCCCAAGGAUUCUCAGGUGAUCGAACCACAAGGUCUGAAAACUUCAGAGACAGAACCCAAAGACCAAUACGAUCCCGGGAUCAGCAGAGAUUCGAGCCCUCUCUUCCUCGAGAAGGCCAUACCGAGGCGCUUGGAUUGGACACCUGUCAAACCGAACGCACAUGUCUUGGAGGCUCGGAACUCUGAAGAUCGAGACUUGGGAUUUACCAACGAUCUAAUGGCGUUCUUCGCCUUUGACCCCCCUGCCAUAACAAGUAUUGAGACAACUGCGCCAGGUGGCACAAACGAAGCCCCGCUGCAUAGAAGAAGAAUUGACCUUGUCAUGACGACCGAGGCUGACCCUUUACCCUCCUCUUCUAAAACAAAACCUGGCAGAAAAUCAAUGAAAGGUGGAAAUAACGGAAAGGCAAAACCCGCAGCCAAAAAGGCUCUCACAAUCACCGGAUUGGCAACUUCGAACUAUGCUGGUAGCCGACAGAAAGAAACAAAGCUACCACCGAUGCUGGAAUAUCUUACCGCAACACAGGUCGGUGCAGGUACUGAACCAGACUCGGCGCUUGACAAGGUCUCGAAAGCCAAUCCUUCCAGCAAGAAAGCACGGCCAAACAAGAAAGCUCCUGCCAAGAGUAGAUUGAAAUCCCCUAUAUCCGCAAUGAAAACCGCUCUGGAGCAACAGCUUCUCUUCGGCCCAGCAAGUCAAUUAGCUCGCGAUGAAUCGCCUACACUGACGCGGGAUACCUUGGAAGCACUGAAAUGCUCUGACUGCUUUUCUUCUGAUCCUAUUUCUCCACCUUUAACACAGCCCGUCUCGAUCGAUUCCAUCUCACCCAAAACCAGUCGUGGUACGAGUCGGUACGUCAGAAGAAAGAACUUGUGGGGUGCUGCUAGCCGAGACGAAGACAAUGCUUUGCUGCACGUCGACACGGUUGACCUGACCGAUUCGCCCGCCGUGCGUCUCGCUCUUGCCGGAAAAGACGUCCUUUUACAGCCCAUCGGUCAUAAAUAUCAAGACAUCGAUACUCUGAAUGAUGGCUCACCCGGACCUCUUCGAGGGCCGUUCCCCAGUACUAAAGACCCGGCAUUGCUGCUCGACGUCGAUGAGAUCGUUACACGUCAACUUCCGAAAUCCAUCAAGCCACCUACACAAGCACAAGCCAGGCUAUAUCACACAUCUCGGACGCUUAAACAGCCGCAGAAAGGAGCAGGUGUCCAUCACCAAGCCGAUGAGCUACAUUCGGGAGUAAAAAACAUUGCGCCGGAUUCGAAGCCCACUAUGCCGUCUUAUGUGGGCUUCUCCGACCAUGAACUCAAGAAGCAGAUAUCUGCAUAUGGCUUUAAGGCUAUUAAGAAGCGCGAGGCAAUGAUCGAGCUUCUCGAGCGAUGUUGGGAGAGCAAACACGGUUCGCAACCCAGACAUGAGGAUGAAAAUGCCUCGAACGAUGUGAUGACACACGCCGAUUUACUGAGUAAAAUCCAUGAUGUCUCCGCGAGACCAGCUCCGAAACCCAAGAAACCUAGUGCCAAACGAAAAUCCGAAUCCGGAGACACGACCAGUACAAAGGAGCCGAAGAAGAGGAAAAAGACAGGGACUAAAUCGGAUGACUCGGGACAAAAAGUAGGGAAAGGCUCUCGAAAGCGGACGUCAAUGGCGCUGUCGAAUGAGAAAAUUGUAGAUAUUGAUGAUCUGGGAGGUCCUGCUAAUCGAUUUCUUGAAAAAGGCUGCAGCUUGGAAAUCCCAACGGUGCAAAAUGACGCGAAGUCUCUCAGGCCACAGUCUGCACAUGCUGUCCAGCGACUCAUUACACCCCCAUCAACAGUGCCUCAACUGAGUUGCACACCCUCGCAAGCAGGUGAAUCUUCUCGUGCCCAGAGUACGAGCCUGACCUCGAGACUGGACAGUCCUGCAGGUGGAGUUACAAGCUUCACGCCUCAGCAGACUCCCAUGCCAGACAUCCUAUCGCAGAUCCAUGCGGCUAUCUACCACCUUUCAGACACCAAGUCUGUGAUCAGGGAGCCCCGAAACCAUCAAACAUCGCCAACCUGGCACGAAAAAAUCCUCAUGUACGAUCCGAUCGUGCUGGAGGAGCUGACGGUGUGGUUGAAUACGGAAGGCUUCAAAACGAUAGGCGAAGAUCGCGAAAGGAAGACGCGUUGUUCCGGCGAGCGGCCAGAGUGUAAAACCUGCACGGACAACAACCAUGUCUGUUCAGGCUAUGCCGAUCGUCCAAUUCGCAAAGAUGGCGAGAGACCCGAUGAGGACGUUGAAGAGGAUGCGGAAUCUGGGUCUCCAACUCCUCAAAAGCAAAGCAGAGAUGCCGAAGUCGCGAUGAAACUGCGAGCUGGGCCAGAGAAAGAAACAGAGCACAAGUCUAGGGAAGAUGUGGGAGAGAUGAUCAGUCCUUCAAGCAAUCAUACUGGGAGCAGCGUGACCUCUUCUCGGAAUCGAGUUCCCUACUUUCGGUACUUUGGGCCGACGGCGAUUGUCCCUGGGUUCAAGCAGAUGGUGGUGCAAGUUAAGGACCACCGGUCCGGCUUGCCUUCGGCCUCGGGAGAGUCUCCAGCUGCGGGACAGCAGCUGGAUGGGAACUUUGCUGUUGACAAGGAUCGAGUGCCCAUCGAGAUACCCUUUUACGAUGCGACAGACCCGGACCAAAAUGAUCCUCUGAUCACUCAUCUUUGCGAGACCUUCUUUGCCCAUCUUGGCUGCAACUACCCUUUUCUCCAACGCGACAGGUUUCUUCGAGAUCUGGAAGAGAAGAAAGUGGAUGCAAUCCUGGUCGAUGCGGUCUGCGCUGUUGCGGCUCGGUUCUCAGGAAACUUGCUCCUUUGCAGGUCCAUUGACCCUUCUAUCCCAUUGGACGCCGAAGGAAAUGUCAGGAGAGCUUUCCGGGGGCAACCAUUCGCUCAGCGAGCCAUGUCAGCAGUAAUAGACACGUUUUCGUGCCCAACCAUGGCUGUUGCCCAAGCCUGUCUCCUCCUCGCUUACGAGGAAUUUGGUGUAGAUCACGACAGCGGCUUGUGGAUGUACCUUGGCACGGCCAUACGCAUGGCGCAGGACCUGGGGAUUCAGAAGCUCGAGGGCUUACAACUCGAAGGGCGAAUAGGACCAACUCCUAAGACCGCUAAACAUGGUCAAGACGGUAAGGCCGAAGAGCAGAGGCGAGCCGAACAGCAACAAAAGCUGUUCCGCCAUCUCUCUGAACAGGGCAAUUCACAACUGGACGACCGAAGGGCCAGUGAGCAGGAACGAAUCGAUACCUUCUGGGCCAUCUUCUUUCUGGACAGAGCAGUCUCAUCGGGCGUUGGUCGUCCUGUCACUCUGCGAGACAAGGACAUCGAAAUCUCCUUCCCGUAUCGGGCGGAUCAGCAGAUGAUCAAUGGAUACCCUGAUCCGUUUCCUGCCAUGAUCAAGAUUGUUCACAUGUACGGGCGAGUGGCGGAUGUGCUCAACAACAUCAAGGAAGUCAGCCAAGUAACGCCAGACGUGUUGAAGCGGUUGGCGAGCAUGGAGAGAGAUUUGACAGGCAUAUAUCAACGCUUGUCACCUAGACUGCAUUUCAAUGCCACCAAUUUCCAGCAUUAUGUCAAAGCCGGCCAUGGCACAAACUUCAUUUUACUACAUUUCUGGUUUCACACCUUGAUUGUCCUGCUCCACCAGCCGACUUUGCUGCACUCAUUCGAGGGACGAAUCCAACAGCUCUUCCCUGACAGCCGAGAACUGUCCAUGUCGUCGGCCAAGACGAUUGCGGAUAUCCUGGCGUUUGCUGAGCUGAUAGAUGUCAAGAGCUUCAUUGGCAACCCCUUCACAAGUCAGCCCAUGUAUGUUGCGGCGUGUGCCUUUUUGGCAGAAGCUGCCGCUCACACCUCUCAGCCGUCGUCUCGAGCGACAUCUCCACCAUCAAAUGGACACACGCCUCGACCAAAACAAGAUGUGAUUGCGGAAAAGACGCAAAGGGCAGCCUCCGCACGCCACACUCUUCUCGCUACUGCCGCGAAUCAAAACUAUCAGCGUUGUUACAAAGCCCUCAAGACUUUAGAUUCCUAUUGGGCUGGUUGUCGCUACAUCUUGACUGCUCUAGACCAAAAGUCGAAAGGCUUGAUGGAUCCCUUACUGUUCACCGCAGACGAUGUCGAUGGAGAGAUGCCCUCAACAGAACCUUCUUUUACUACUCCCGGCUGGCGACGAAGCACCUCGCUCACUGCUUCACUAGGAGCAUACGGCAGAUUGCGCUCGCUCAAGGCAUUGUCUGGAAGUGGGUCAAUAUCUCCAUCAAUGGAUCUCAGUAACGCUAUUGGGUGGUCCUUGACGGGGACAGCCAACUCUCUAGCCCCCAACCUUAGCUUUCUGUAUCCGACGGGUGGCGAAAGCGCAAAACCACCACAGACGGCUCCCUGGGUGAAGGAGCAAGAUGAGAUCACCCAAAGCCCGGCAGCGUCGAGGAAUUUUCCAGCGCAGUGGCAAAACCAGAGGUUGUCCUCUAUCCAGGCGAACCAGACCAUGACUGAUACAUUGAGACAAGUCUAUCAUGGCGAGAACUCGAAUUCUGCCGAUAGAGUGUCAUCGGUACCUUACGAUCCCGUAUCAACAGCUGAUGCAGACCUGUUGCUUGGGCUUCAUUCUCCGUAUGCUGUUAGCUCAGCUACGCCGUCCAGUGUUCCUCCUAGACCCGCACAGCUCAAUCAAAAUUCGAACGCGUUUGGAUAUCCACAGCAAGGCCCACGCUACAACGGUUCUUUAAGUCCUCAGCAACCAACUUCCGACGUGCAAAAUCAAGCCUACAGCGACAUGCUGAUUCAAUCACAAGAUAUCGACAUGAGCGCAGGGCAGCAGUUCAACUUUGAUUUUCCCGGCAGCGACAUGAUACCCUGGUUGGAAUAUCUUCCGCAGGAUGUAUUGAACUACUUUACAGAAUCACAGACGGAGAUAUGA